AUGCAAUUCACACAAUCUCUCCAACGCCUCCUCGCCCUCGCCCUCGCACUCGGUGCACUCCUCGUCGCCGAGGCACACCCAAUCGAGGAGCGGCAGCUCCCCAUCGACCUCCCAAUCCCAGGCCUUCCCGCGCUUCCUAUCCCUGCCCUCCCCGCGCUCCCGGCACUUGCGGCACUCCCUGCGCUUCCAGCGAAACCAGCGACCCCCGCGCUCCCAGCACUCCCUAUUCCCGGCCUCCCGUCGCUCCCUAUUCCUGGCCUCCCAGCGCUCCCGAUCCUGCCCCGCGCUGACCAAGAGUGGCCUCCGUUCCCCGCGUUCCCGGCAUGGCCUGCGUUCAAACCGUUCCUGCCCCUCCCAGAUUACCCGGCGCUCCCUGCGCUCCCUGCCCUUCCGGCGCUCCCCGCUGGCUUCCGCCCCUAG